AUGAAGAAUCAGGAAUUUAAUAACUCAGCUCAAAAAUCAUCAACCUACAAAUUACCAAUAAAGAAAAAUAGCAUGGGUUCCACGAGUAAUUAAACGGCAACAUUUAAUACGAGUGCAAGUUUAAUAAGCAAAGAUACUUCUUUUUUAAAGCAGAAAAUGAUGUUCAAUUAGCAGUCGUAGCAGGGAACAGAUUUGCCACUGAUAAAUUCAAAUACUAUUUCAAGUUUUAUGAAUAGACCAUUUUCGGAGGAUACUCCAAAUUAAAUGAACAAGAUUGAAGGGAAGAAAACGAUAUUUAAUAGAAAAACAACUAUUUAGUAAAAACAAAAUCAGCUUUAAUAGCAACAAGUAUAGCAGCAGACUAUUUAAAAUUCCAAUUAGGGUGCAUCUUUGUCUGUUUUGCAGUCAGGACAGGCUCUUCCAAAGCUUAAAAUAUAAAAUGAUAGUGUCAACAAUGCAGCAAAUUAAAAUUUAGGUGAAUCUUCGACAGCUGAAAAAGCUGUUGAAGAGCAAGAGCGCAAAAAGCCUCAAGGCUUUGUAGAAAAGAUUAGGCAACUCAAGAAUGUAAAUGCAAAAUAAGUAGAAAACGAUUAGUAGCAAAAUAUCAAUGUGAACAACAGCAAAGUAAAUAAACUACAAUCACCAGCGACCACGAUGGCUUUCAGGUCUUUGAAGCAUAAUGAAGAUAUCCAAUUAUAUCUAAAUAAUUAUGAAGACCAUGAAGAGGAAGAUGAAGAAGAAAUUGAAUAUAAAAUUAAUAGAGAGGAUACUUAGUUUUCAGACGAAUCAGCAAAUAGUCCAAAUAAAUCAAAUAAAUUCCAGCUCUCUUCUUCAGAUGCUAGCAAUGGACUCCAAUCAACAAAUGGCAAAUCUAUAAAUUUAUUGCAGCAGAAAAAAGAAAAUUAAGCAAAUACUUAGCAGUAAGAAGAAUUAAUCUCUGUGAACAAUAGCAAUGCUAAAAAUAUAGAUUUCUAUAAAGAUGAAUCAAAAAAUAAUCAAGAAGAAAAAAAAACAUUUAAAAACGACCAAGAUCAAAUCAUUUAGACAAAAAGCAUCAGAGAGAGAUUCUCCUUACCAGAAAAACCGAAAGAUUCUCAAAUACCUCCAAUAAAAGAAAUCAGCAGAGCUAAUAGUCAAAAAGAUAAUUCCACUUCACAGUCACCUUCGAUACUUGCUCAAAGCGAGCUAGAAAAUUCAAAAGCCGAAGCUUCUCUAUAAAAAAUUGUCAAAUGGAAGUCAGGCGAUUUCAUAGGUGCAGGAAGCUUUGGUCAAGUAUUUACAGCCAUGAACUGCAACACUGGAGAAAUAUUUGUCGUCAAAAAGAUCAUGGUCCAUGGUCAAUCGAAGUUAGACAAAGAAUUUUUGGAUGAAUAAGAAAAAGAACUAAGGAUCAUGCAAACAUUAUCUCAUAAACACAUAAUUUAAUAUAAAGGACAUGAGAGAUAAUAAGAUUGCUUGUGUAUAUUUUUGGAAUACAUGAGCGAAGGAAAUAUUGAUUAGAUGCUGAAGAAGUUUGGGCCUUUGGAGGAAUAGACAAUUAAGGUUUAUGCUAGACAAAUAUUAAGUGGAAUUCAAUAUCUCCACUCACAAAAAGUGAUACAUAAAGAUAUCAAAGGCGCUAAUAUACUUGUUGGAUCAGAUGGCAUAGUUAAGUUAUCUGAUUUUGGCUGCGCUAAGUAAUUAGAACUCACUUUAAAUAGUAACAAAGAAAUGAAUAAAACACUAAAGGGCUCGGUUCCUUGGAUGUCUCCUGAAAUAGUAACCUAGACUAAAUAUGAUACAAAGGCUGACAUUUGGUCAUUUGGUUGCACAAUACUUGAAAUGGCUCAAGCAGAAGCUCCAUGGUCAAACUAUUAGUUUGACAAUCCGAUUGCAGCUAUAAUGAAAAUAGGUCUUAGCGAUGAAAUCCCACAAAUCCCAGAAACAAUCUCUCCUGACCUCAAUCAGUUCAUCAGAAAGUGCUUGCAGAGAGAUCCUUCUAAAAGGCCAACUGCAACUGAGCUUUUAAACGACUCUUUCUUAGCUGAAAAUUGA